AUGGCAACAGGUUCUUGUAAGUCCAGCCCUUCCGAGAAGGAGGAGGAGGAGGAGGAGGAGGAGAAGGAAGAGGAGCGUUGUGCAAAACUCCAAGGUGAAACUCAUCCAACAGAGAAGGCGGGCGGAAGGGACAUGGACACUGUUCUGGAGGAGACGCCCGAGCCAAGAGGUGUUCACAACUCUCACAACCUCUCGUGGCAAAAGGGUCUCCGUCUCUGCCCAGCCUGCAGAAAUGCGUUAUUGCACAUCCGGAAUGAAGGAUACCCGAGCCCUGAGGCGUCUGAAGCGCCGCAAUGUCACUUUUCCCGUCAGUCAUUUGAUACAGAGAAAUGA